GUUUGCCGACGCUGCAAAUCCCGCAACCAUCGUCCGUACGGUGAGCUACGACCAUUGCCAGUCCCGUUGAGGCGAACGGAAGCGAUUGCCAUGGACAUCACCGACCCGUUCCCCAAGCACAAGACCGAAGUGGAUGGGAUUCUCACGGUGGUCGACCGACUCACCAAGUUCGCCAUGUUUUUGCCUUGUCGCUAUCAUGCCAAGGCAGCGGAGUUGGCCGAGGUUCUGUACGCCGGUUGGAUUCGCACCAAGGGUUACCCCAAGAAGAUCGUCUGCGACCGCGAUACUCGGUUCAUGUCCGAUUUUUGGUUGGCGCUCAUCAAGCGAUGGGGCUCAUCUCUCAAGCCCAGUUCAGCUCGCCACCUUCAGACAGAUGGCCAGACGGAGAGGGCGCAUCAGACCGCACAGGUUCUCCUUCGCACUCUCAUCCGCCCCGACCAGAAAGACUGGGCUGAGCGACUGCCGGACGUUGAGUUGGCCUACAACUCUUCCAUCCACCUGGCUCUUGGGAUAUCGCCCUUCGAGUUCGAGCACGGCUCGCCGGUCACGUUACCGUUGGACAUGAUUACUCCACGCACGGUCGAGAGCGACGACCAUCUUCUUUUCUUGCGUCGGAUGCAAGAGCUUCUUGUCAAGGCACGCGACCAGAUGGCUAAGACGCAACAACGCAUGCGCCAACAGGCAAAUCGUCAGCGUCUUCCUUGUCCAUUCCACGCCGGAGACCUCGUCUGGGUUUCAGCAGCGGAAUUCAGCCUUGAACAAGACGUCUCUCGCAAGCUCCUCCCGAAAUGGAUGGGGCCUUGGCCGAUCAUAGAGCCCGCUGGGGACGCACCCGAAGGACCCUCCUUCACGAUUCAGGUGCCUAGCCACUUGCCUGUCUACCCAGUCUUUCAUUGCUCCAAACUGGCUCUCUACACGCCAGCGGAUCAUGACGACUUUUCCGGGAGACGGACGCAAGACCCACCUUCUAUGGAUGGUUUUCAGGAGCGACAUCAUCUCCCAGCGACGCUUUGGCAACAAGCCAACUGAGUAUUUGGUGCAUUUUGCCU